AUGCCCUCUGCCGCCCCGUCCGUCGCAGAGCUCGAUGCCUCUGUCGUCAAGAUCACCCGCUCCGCCAACCUGCGGCCGGUUCCUGCGCCAGGCUCCCCAGAAGAGCUGAGCCACUCCUACUGCACGGAUCAUAUGGUGACGGUCCGGUGGACAGACGCCAAGGGCUGGGAGACGCCCGAAGUCAGACCGUACGAGAACCUGAGCAUCCCGCCCACCGCGUCCUGCCUGCACUAUGCCACCGAGUGCUUCGAGGGCAUGAAGGUGUACCGCGGCUACGACGGCAAGCUGCGUCUGUUCCGGCCAGACUGCAACGGCGAGCGGCUUGUGAUGAGCGCGCAGCGCGCCUCGCUGCCCAGCUUUCCGUUCGAGGAGCUCAAGCGUCUGGUCGCCAAGUUGAUGCAGAUCGAUGGACCUCGUUGGCUCCCCAAGGACCAGCCCGGCCGCUUCCUCUACCUCCGUCCCACCAUGAUCGGUAACGGCCCCCAUCUCGGCGUCCAGACCCCCAAGGAAGCCCUCCUCUUCAUCAUCGCCGUGCCCUGGCCCGACAUGUCCAAGAAGGCGCCCCAGCCCGGCGCCAAGCCCGGCCUGAAGCUGCUCGCCUCGCAGCCCGACACCAUCCGCGCCUGGCCCGGCGGCUUCGGCUACGCAAAGCUGGGCGCCAACUACGGGCCCUCGCUGGCCGCCCACGGCAAGGCCCAGGCCGUCGGCUUCGACCAGGUGCUGUGGCUGUUCGGUGAGGACCGCCAGGUCACCGAGGCCGGCGCCAGCAACUUCUUCGUCGUCUGGGAGAACAAGGAGACCGGGAAGCGCGAGCUGGUCACCGCUCCGCUGGAGAACCAGCUCAUCCUCCCGGGUGUGACACGUCGUAGUGUCUUGGAGUUGGCGCGUGAGCAGCUCACUCGUCCUGUGGGUGAUCUGGCACCAGUCGAGAUUGUGGAGAAGACGUUUACGAUCGGCGAGGUGGAGCAGGCCUGGAAGGAGGGCCGCGUCGUCGAGGCCUUUGUGUGCGGUACUGCGUACUUCAUCACCCCCGUCAAGCUUAUUCGUAACGGCGAGGUGGAUAUGGACAUGGGCAGUGCCGGAUACGCCGCGCAGUUCAAGACGUGGCUCGAGGGCAUCAUGUUCGGAAAGGACGGCAAGGAGAGCCAUGAAUGGGGUUAUGUGAUUGAGGGCGAGAGCGAAAAAUAG